AUGAACGGCAAAGUCGCCAAAAGGAACGGUAAAGGCGCUGAAAUGGAUACUAGCGGUGCGGAAAGUAACGCGAAGGGUGCCGAAACGAGCGCGAAAGGUGCGGAAAUGAACGGGAAAGGAGCGGAUAGGAGCGUGAAAGGCGUAGAAAGUAACGCCAUGGGCGCCGAAAGGACCCUGGUGGUGGAGCAUGUAACGCCAGAGGUGCGGAACCGAACGCGAAAGCUGCGAAAACGAAUGGGAAAGGUGAGGAAAUGA